CCGCCGGGCCGGGGGCCCGCGGCGGCAGCGGAACGCAGCAGCGGGCGCGGGUUUGCGGAGGGCCGCUUUGAGGAGGGCACAGCGCGGCGGCGGUGGCGGCGGCGAGCCCGAGUCGCGGUGCCGGCAUGAAGGAGCUGGCACCCGCCGUGAAGAUGGAAUGCGACAUUUUGGACGCGCUGGAGGCCCUGGGGUACACUGGUCCUCUGUUGGAGGAGGGAGCCCUGAACAAAGCAGCAGAAAAUGGAUUGUCUUCACCAGAGUUUUUUGAGCUUUGUGUUUGGUUAGGUUCCCAAAUAAAGUCACUUUGUAAUAUGGAAGAAAGCAUCACUGCAGCAGAUGGUGAUAAAGAUAUAGAGAGCUUCCAGCUUGAGAUUAGUGGCUUUCUGAGAGAAAUGGCUUGUCCGUAUUCAUCACUUGUAUCUGGAGACAUCAAAGACAGAUUAAGAGAAAAAGAAGAUUGUCUUAAACUCCUCUUAUUUCUAAGUACAGAACUUCAGGCUUUAAAGAUACUUCACAGCAAGAAAAAGAAAGGCUCUCAUUUGGAAAAACACAAUGAAAUUUACCAGGAAGUGCAAGCUAUUUGUGAUGCACUGGGCCUGCCAAACUCCUCAUCUUCUGAAAUUCCUCCCUUGUUAACCAAUGUGGAACAAAAGAUAAAGGACAUUCUCUCAAAAGUUCAAAAUAACCAUGUGGGGAAGUCACUGCUAACGAAACCUCUAAGUUCUGAACAAGUGGAAAAAUUGGAAAAAAUCAAUGAUGCUCUUCGCAGUGAGUAUGAAUGUCGCCGACGCAUGUUAAUGAAGAGGCUGGAUGUGACAGUACAGUCUUUUGGCUGGUCUGAUAGAGCAAAGGUAAAAACAGAUGACAUAGCACGAAUCUAUCAGCCCAAGCGCUAUGCAUUAUCUCCAAAGUCAACUAUUACGAUAGCUCACCUUCUUGCUGCUCGAGAAGAUUUGUCAAAGAUCAUAAGAACAAGUAGUGGGUCAACACGAGAAAAUACAGUCUGUGCGAUCAACAAGGUUCUGAUGGGGAGAGUACCUGACCGUGGAGGCAGACCAACGGAGAUUGAACCACCUCCUCCCGAAAUGCCUCCUUGGCAAAAGAGACAAGAAGGUGGUGGACGAGGUGGCUGGGGAGGUGGAGGUGGAAGGGGCAACUGGGGGGGUGGAGGGGGUAGGGGAGGAGGAGGUGGGGGGUUUGGAGGUGGGGGAGGGUUUGGAGGUGGGGGAGGGUUUGGAGGUGGAGGUUUCAGGGGUGGUGGGAGAGGUGGAGGUGGCUUCCAGGGUGGCAGGGGAGGUUAUGGUGGCAGGGGAGGCUAUGGUGAUCCGUAUGGCGGCAGAGGAGGGGGAGGAUACCGAAGAUACUGAAAUAGUGUAAAUAUUAACAGUAAUUGGCAAAAUAUAGUGGUGGUGUUUACUGGUGUCAGGAAUUUAGAUACAUUAACUUGAGUUUAGGUUAGAAUUAAGUAUAAAUCAUUACAUUAUACCAACUGAUGCUGUCAUUGAAUUCUUUUAGUUAGCCGAACAGAACUUUUAUACUAAAAUGUGAUAACUAAAGUCCUUUUUUUUCCCAUACUGUUCAUAUGGUGUUUUUAAUGUCAUUUUAUUUAAAAUAAGCCUCAGAAAACUAAAUAAAACCCUUUCUAAACAAACAAUCAAAUAUUAUUUAAUGUUCAAGCUUCUCAAAUUAUUGUAUGUUGCAUGUCCACUCCCCUGCUCCAAAAUUCUGUGUAGAAAAAUCAAAAUAGGCCUAAGAACCAGAUGGAAACACUUACAAAACUAGAAUGCUGCUUUCAGGCUUUUUCUCUUCAUCUACUUUUCUUACAGGACGUGUAAAUGAAUUUUCAUAUCAAAUGGUAAAAUCUUUAACGCUUUGGUUAAAAUUACUCAGUUAGGUUUCUUAUUCUUCCAGAAUUCACAUAAAAGAUCAUUCUGAAUUAAUACUCUGCAGAAACGAAUAAAAUCAGGUUGGUUUUUGUGUUAAUAACUAUAUCAGAGAUGUGUAGGUCAGAGCGUGUACCGUAAACUCAAGAAACAUGGUGAGUUUUGAUAGUGUCUGUUUUCAUUUUACCCGUUUUACAUUUUAUUGGUGUUUCAUGAAAAUAUUUUAAGGUCAGAUUGGGCAGGAAACUUCUGCAGGCAUCAUAUUUGGUAAGAGCUCCUUUAUAAAUUUCUUCUGAGUUAACCUUGAGGCAUAAAGGCUGAACAAGCUGAGCUUCUUGAGAAGGUUUUUUGUUUUGGUUUUGAGGGUUUUGUUUCCCCCUCUCCUUUUUUUUUUUUUUUUCUCCUUCCCCAUUUGCUCUGUGUUUGGAAAUCACCAAUUGCACAGCUAGUAAGACAUCUCAUACAGCAGUUGCCCUUCAUCAGUGACUGUCGUACUCUGCCAACCAAUUGGCCUGAUGACCUAAAAGAAACUCUUGAAACGGUAUGGGUGCCUUCUCCCUCACAGGGUUACUUUAGAAGAAGGAGUAAGCUUUCUUAGAAUUAUGGGUGUAAAUACAUGUAGACAAGAAUUAAAUCUAGAGCUGUCAGUUAAAGAGGAGGACAGUUUCUGUUGUCCAGCAUCUUUUAGAUCUCCUCCCCUACUGUGAGGCCACUCCUGAGUACAAAGGUGGAACAGGGAGGUGAUGCCCAAGUAUACACUCAUGACAGUAUUCAGGGUCAUGUUACUGUGGAGAUACUUGGGAAGGCAUCUGGUAAACUUGGGGGUGUCUGUUGAUUAUGUAGCGCAGAAACCUUGAAGCACUUUGAGUAUGUAGCUGUGGCUUAACUGCAGGUUGAACUUUAGGAUUUCCUUCUGCUUUUAUGUUCCACAGUUACAAGUUCUUUCUGCACAGGUUUCCUAUUGCUGUCCAUAUCUGGUAUGCGUGACAUGUUAUUUUACCUUCAGGAACAUGUGCAUCAUGCCCUCUUUCAUUGGCAGCUUUAUGCGUGAAUAUGAAGCUCUGUUCAAAAUCAAAUUAUUAUCUCUUUCAAAAGCCUGUGUCAGAUUUUGUUAAUUAGCCAUCACCAACCUUUUAAUUUAAAAUUUUAAUCCAGAUAAAUGGCAAAAGUUUCUCUCCAUUAUUUUCUCUUUGAUCAUAGUCUGCUUGAGAAUGCCGCUUGUAAUGGAAAAGAUAAGGACUUACCCAUACUUUAGAGUCCAGGCAGGUGCCUAACAAAGAAGAGCAGGAGUUUUCCUUGCUUGAACGUGUUAGCUUGGAUGUGAACUCUUAAAAUAAUGGCUUAACUUCAGCCAAUUGCUAGCAAUACAGUUCCUUUGCCAGUUUUCUUCUACACUGCUUUCUGGCCUACACCACUGUCAGCCUCUGCAGUCAUUAUGGAGACCCCCAAGGGUUGUGUGGGAGCACACUACUGGGGUUUGUGCUCUUGAGCCUGUUUUUUGCUGAAUGCUCUGCAAUAGCUCACAGAUCGGUGACACACCAAGUGAGACUGCUGGCCAUAGAGGUGAAGUGUUGGUCAGCAACGGAGUAGAGAGAGGAGUUUUUAACAACCGAAGCCUUAAUAUAAAAUUCUAUUUGCUCAUCCCAAUGUUAUGUUUUUGCUAUAAGUAAUUUCUGAACAACAGUCAAGCAUUUAGCUUCACCAAGGAAGCAUACUAGGGAAAUCAAGUGGCUUAUCUACACCUAAAGAUUUCAUCAAUCUUAAGAUGUGGAGAUGUGCUGGUUUUAGUUGAACAGGUGUAACUCUGUACGUGGAUAUGCCUUGGUGCCUUUACACUCAUUGAUUUAUCCUGUUUGUAGCAGACAGGGUGGUUCUGAAUGAAGUAAACCAUCAAGUGAACCAGAUAUAUGCCUAUGUGUAAUUCUAACAGUUAAUUAUUUUAAUAUCAUAUUUCAGUUUUCUUUAUGUAGACCUUGUAGAAAAUUGAAAUUUGAACAGGUUGGAGAUUUUGUGGUUUGUUUUUUGUUUUAUUUUUUUUCAAUCUGGCCAUUUCAGUCUCUCUUUAAGCAAUUCCAAGACGCGAAGCCGGUAGUUGAAAACCAAAGUAAGCACCACCACAUUUCAUGGAGGUAUCCUUUUCUGUCCUCUGGUGUCAGAAUGUAUGCUUUUAAUUUAUCAAAAAAUGCAAUAAUACCAUGAUAAUAAUUAAGUUAAACCUCAAAUUUUGUAUGUUUGUCUUGGAAAAAAAUUAUUUUCAAAAAUUCUGUUCUAAGUAAAAGAUUUUCAUAUAUAUGUUUGUGAGCAUUUUUGUGUUUAUUCACGCAUAGUGAAUAUUUACCUGAGUAUUGUUUUGUUCUCAAGAAUUGAAAAAUGGGUUGGGGAUUUUUUUUUCAGGAUUUGAGACACUUUUGUUAGCAGCUGUAAACACUGAGGAAUAAAGCACUGUAUUUGAAGUUACUUGCAUCCCUUGUGUAGUAUGAUUUGGAUCCACUGUCAUAUGUUCCUCUUGCUGGUGAUUUACAAUGGUGAUGGAACAUACUUUUUAUGGUAAUGAAAAAUAAGAUGUAUUUUGACCAAAAUGAAGAAGGCUAUAGAUAACAAUAUAGGAGAAUUCCAACUGACAGGGAACGCCACAAAUACAUCCCUAUUACACUGCCUGGGAUUAGUAAGGGUCUCAGUUAAACUUUGUCUUAGUUAAAAAAAAAAAAAAAUCAUAGGCCUAUAUGAUAGUUACUGUUGUCUUUACAUAAACUAAGGAAAUAUCUCAAAUUACUUCUGAAGUUUUCUUUUCUGAAUUUCUAUAAUUAUGAAGUAAAACACAACUUGGUUUGUAUGGGCAAGACUAGAGCAGAUCUGCCCAUGUAAGCAGGAACUGUUUUCAGUAGUUUGCACUCCUUGUCUUCUUCCCUCAUCUCCCUCUGAUGACUGAAGAUAACUGAAUGAGUGUUCAUCUCCCUAUGUAAAAACAUAUUUGAGAUUAUAAGGUAUUUUGAGGGUUACUACAAUGUAAAGAAUAGCAAGUCUUUAGGGUGCUACAGUGCUGCCUGUGCAAUAACCAGUGUUAGCAGAUGCUACAGAAGCCUUGUUUAAACAUUGCUCUGUGAAAUCUUUCAAGAAUUGGUACCCUUAACAAAUGUGAGGGAUUGUACUAAUGUGCUUUGUAAUACUUGGAAGUGUGAGUACCAAAAGUGUCUGUACUGUAUCAAGCGCUCAAAUAAGGAAAGACUAAUCUGCAAACACAGAGCUUCCUCAAUGUUUUCUCAGGCAGCAUUACCAAGGCUCACAGAAGGUGAAGCUGAGCUGGGACUCUGGUACUAGGUUAAUCCUGCAGACAUGUCUCAGACAACAGGGUCAAGGAAGAUGUAUAUAGGUGGUUCAGAUUUCUUUGAGAUACAAACUCAGAGGCAUGAAGUGCAAUCUUAGUAUUUUUUCUAUUACAAAUAUUAAACUGAAAUCUUACAAUUUAUAUAAAAUCUUUACAAGCUAUACACUUUUUCAAUCUUCUCAAACAGCAUUAAACCAAUAACUUUUCAAGUUGCCACAGAGAUCAGUUACAACAAAAUAACACAUUGCUACUGUAACAAAAACAUAUUUCCAAAAAAGGUAUGUAAGCUACUUUAAAGGCAGUUGUGUUUAAUCUGAAUAUGAACAGUAGCUCUGUUUUUUUUAAUUGUGAUGUUACUCUGUUUAUCUUUAAACCAUCAGAAUUCACACUUUAUUUAAAAUAAACAGUAGUUGGGGGUGGGGUGGGGAGGGCACUUGUAUUUUCUGCCUUCCUGUAUGUAAGUGAAACAGAGCUGAGCCUGGAGGAAUAAAGGCGAGUGCUUCUCAUUUAAAUUAGCCAUGACAAAAUAAAUGUCAAUACCAGUGUUUGCUAACAUGACUUUUAAACAGCACUUAGUACUUUAAUUUUAUCGUAUUUCCUAGCAUAAAGCAGCUUGAAAAUUAAUACAGAUGUGAGGUUUGUUCAGUAGCUUUGUCACUUUUAGCAGUAUCCCUGCAUUCAGUUUCUGCUAUUACUCCGGUGCAGCAGAGAGGAAGUCCCAGCAGAGAGGCAGGCUUACCACUAAGAAAAGAAGUUAAAAAAAAAAAAAGGGGGGGAGGGAGAAAACUAUAAUAAGGGGCUUUGGGCAAACAGGGAACCUGAAGAAUCUUUGAGAGCUCUGAAAUUCUUCAGGUAUCAACUGACCUCUUUGAAGCAGGAAGUCUUCAGCAUACAUGAAGUACCAUGCAUGUGUUCUGUAGGACAUUUCUGCAAACAGAUCCCUUUUAAGUUGUUCAGAUUGUUUGUAGGAACAAGAUGACAGCACAGCAGAACAUUAAGUUAGCGUUUAAGGCUGUACAGAUCUAUGGUCAUAACUUGAUUUUCUGUAUUAACACAGUAGCCUUUGGGCCAGCUGCUGAUGUUUGGGAAUUGUCUUUUUAAAUAAGAGCUUUUGUUCAUGAUCUUCGCCCUCAGCACAGACAAAGUAUAUACAAAUACACACAAAUUCUAUUAGAAUCCAGAGUUUAGACUACAAGCAAUCAGUUGUCUUAGCUGCACAACAAGAUUUAUGAGUCUUAGCUGCUCUUCUGGGUUAUUUUCAAAAUACAUGAAAAUACAUUCAACUUUUACCUUGUUUAUUUUAAUUGUUGCAGAAACAAACUGUAUUUGCUAAAUGCCUAUUGAAAUAUGCCUUACUGUAGUUUCCCUGAAUAGAGGACAAAAUCAAGAAGCUUACAGAAAAUGGGCAAAGCAAGUUUGCAGACCUGGAAGCCAUUCUGAUUGCUUCAUUGAUCAAAGUGCAAUUCCAUGUUAAUAAUUCAGGUUUAGUGUAUGAGGAAAAAAGCUGCAGAGUCUUCACAGCUGCUGGGUUUUGUCUUACACAUGUCCAUUAUUUACAGUAAAGUAACAGAAAAUCUACUACUACUAGUUCCCUCACUUUGUUUUUACUUAUACAAGAAGAUGCAAGCACAAACCAGGUUCAAAACAAGAAUUUAGACUCACUAAACUGGCAAGUAGUUUCAAAUGGACUUUUUUUAAUAAAUAAAGCAUUCAUAUACUUGGUAAGGACUAUAAAUUGUGGAUAGAACGUACAUUUAUACCACUUUGAACACAAAGUGCACAUGCUAUUGUAAUAAGUUGACUAAAUUUCAAUCUAUAAAGGACUUGUAACUUACAAGUUUUGAGGAGCAUUAAGUGGAGUCUAGAUAACUAAGUUUCUGAUGUUUAAAUGUGUGAUGACAAA